GCCGUGAGAAUGAAGCGAGCGACCGACAACUCUCUACUCUCGCUACUUCGAAGCAGCCGGAGAAACGGAACAAAGAAAAUGCGAUUGCUCUGUCUUUUUCUCCUCCUCUUCCUCGCUGCCCUUCGCUCUUCCGCCGCCGCCUCCGGCAGAGGAAGGGUGGUGGAGCACCGCGCUCUCCUCGACCUCAAGGCGGCGCUCGGCGACCCAUCCGGCGCCCUCGCCGGCUGGGACGCCACCGCCGACCACUGCCAAGCCUGGUCCGGCGUCGCCUGCGACGCCGCCGGCCGCGUUGUCUCCCUCAACAUCUCCCACCUCAACCUUUCCGGCCCCCUCCCCCGCGCCGUCUCCCGCCUCCGCUCCCUCCUUCACCUCUCCGCCGCCGCCAACGAGCUCUCCGGGCCCAUACCGCCGGAGCUCUCCCUCCUUUCCGGCCUCCGUUUUCUCAAUCUCUCCAACAACGCCUUCAAUCGCACCCUCCCCUCCGCCCUCUCCCGCCUCAAGAACCUGCACGUCCUCGACCUCUACAACAACAACCUCACCGGCGUCCUCCCUGUCCAGGUGGCGGACCUCCCUGCCCUCCGCCACCUCCACCUCGGCGGCAACUUCUUCUCCGGCGCCAUCCCGCCGGAGUAUGGUCGUUGGGAGCAUCUCGAGUACCUCGCCAUUUCUGGCAACGAGCUCGGAGGCCCCAUCCCGCCGGAGCUCGGCAACGUCACCACCCUCCGAGAGCUCUACAUCGGCUACUUCAACAGCUUCCAGGGCGGCCUCCCGGCGGCCAUCGGCAACAUCACGGCCCUCGUCCGCUUCGACGCCGCCAACUGCGGCCUCUCCGGCGAGAUUCCGCCGGAGAUCGGUAACCUCCAGAACCUCGACACCCUGUUCCUCCAGGUGAACGGCCUCUCUGGCGAGAUCACGCCGGAGCUCGGCAAGCUCCGGAGCCUCAAGUCCAUGGAUCUCUCCAACAAUGUCCUCACCGGCGAGAUCCCGCGGACCUUCGCCGAGCUCAAGAACCUCACCCUCCUCAACCUCUUCCGGAACAAGCUCCACGGCGCCAUCCCGGACUUAAUCGGAGAUCUUCCGAGGCUGGAGGUGCUCCAGCUCUGGGAGAACAACUUCACCGGCGAGAUUCCCCGCCGGCUCGGUAUGAAUGGCCGCCUCCAGCUCCUCGACCUCUCUUCCAAUAAGCUUACCGGCUCCCUCCCUCCGAAUCUCUGCUCCGGCGACCAGCUCCAAGUACUAAUCGCCCUCGGGAACUUCCUUUUCGGAUCCAUCCCGGAAUCCUUUGGCCGGUGUAAAUCCCUCAGUCGGAUUCGGAUGGGGGAGAACUACCUUAAUGGAUCGGUCCCCAGUGGCCUCUUCGGCUUGCCGAAGCUCGCACAGGUUGAGCUCCAGGACAACCUUCUCACUGGUGGCUUUCCGGAGACCGCCGGCUCCCGGAUCUCGCCGACGCUCGGCCAGAUCAUUCUCUCCAACAAUCGCCUCUCCGGCGCUCUCCCGCCAUCCAUCGGAAAAUUCUCCGGCGUUCAGAAGCUCCUCCUCAACCAGAACCAGUUCUCCGGCCGCAUCCCGCCGGAGAUCGGGAGGCUGCAGCAGCUCUCCAAGAUGGACUUCAGCGGCAACCGGUUCUCCGGCCCCAUCACUCCGGAGAUCAGCAAGUGCAAACUUCUAACAUUCGUCGAUCUCAGCCGCAAUAAUUUCUCAGGCGAGAUCCCGGCGGAGAUCACCGGAAUGAGGAUCCUGAAUUACCUCAACUUGUCGAGGAACCAUCUUGAGGGGAAGAUUCCGGCAUCCAUUUCCACAAUGCAGAGCUUGACUGCCGUGGACUUCUCCUACAACAACCUCUCCGGCCUGGUGCCGAGCACCGGCCAGUUCAGCUACUUCAAUGCCACAUCCUUUGUUGGCAACGCCGACCUCUGUGGCCCCAUUCUCGGGCCUUGCAGGCCUGGAAUUUCCGACGACUCGCGUCCAUCUCAUUCGAAAGGUUCCCUCUCUGCUUCCUUCAAGCUCUUGCUUGUCCUUGGCCUGCUCAUCUGUUCCAUUGCCUUCGCCAUUGCUGCCAUUGUCAAAGCUCGGUCCUUGAAGAAGGCGAGCGAAGCUCGAGCAUGGAAGCUUACAGCUUUCCAGCGUCUCGAUUUCACCUGCGAUGAUGUUUUGAAUUGUUUAAAGGAGGAGAACAUCAUCGGGAAAGGAGGGGCUGGCAUCGUCUACAAGGGUGUGAUGCCCAACGGCGAGCAACUGGCCGUGAAGAGGUUCCCGGCGAUGAGCCGGGGUUCAUCACAUGACCACGGGUUUUCUGCGGAGAUUCAGACUCUUGGCAGGAUCCGGCACCGGCACAUCGUGAGACUGCUGGGCUUCUGUUCUAACCACGAAACCAAGCUACUGGUUUACGAGUACAUGCCAAAUGGGAGCCUUGGGGAGGUUCUCCACGGGAAGAAAGGAGGGCAUUUGCAAUGGGACACCAGGUAUAAGAUCGCCGUGGAAGCCGCGAAGGGCCUCUGUUAUCUCCACCAUGAUUGCUCCCCUUUGAUCCUCCACCGCGAUGUGAAGUCGAACAACAUCCUCCUGGAUUCCGAUUUUGAAGCCCAUGUUGCUGAUUUCGGGCUCGCCAAGUUCCUGCAGGACUCCGGUACUUCUGAAUGCAUGUCGGCUAUCGCUGGCUCUUACGGAUACAUUGCUCCAGAAUACGCCUACACUCUGAAGGUGGAUGAGAAGAGCGACGUUUACAGCUUCGGAGUGGUCCUCCUGGAACUCAUAAGCGGAAGAAAGCCUGUUGGGGAAUUUGGAGACGGCGUCGACAUCGUCCAAUGGGUGAGAAAGAUGACGGAUUCUAACAGGGAGGCGGUGACUGAAAUCCUGGACCCAAGGCUUUCAACGGUUCCCCUUCACGAAGUGCUUCACGUCUUCCAUGUGGCAAUGCUCUGCGUGGAAGAACAAAGCGUCGAGCGCCCAACGAUGAGGGAAGUCGUUCAGAUCCUCGCCGAAUUCCCAAAGCCAAAACCAGGAGAGGACUCAUCGACCAAUGAAGGAUCUGUACCGCCGCCACCGGGGCCUUCGGAAGAAACACCCGGCAAGGAAACCAAGGAGGAGGAGCAACCGGCGCCACGGUCACCACCACCUGAUCUCCUUAGCAUCUGAAGUCUUGGGGUUAAAGUUGGCUUUUAGGUUUUUUUUUGUUUUUUGUUUUUGUGCUUUCCUUUGCUUGAUCUACGGCUGUAGGGUAGGCUUAAGUUGUUAGAAUUCCUGUACAGCUGAAUCGGAUGGGCUUUGCUUCAUCAAAGUUGGUGGUGUCAGGGUUUUUUCACUAGUAAAUGAAACGGCAGGAAACAAACACCAGGGCUGAUACAGGAUAGUAUUGAAA